GUUCUCUGGCAAUGCCGGUCAUGUGAUUUGGAGAGGGGUGCUCGGCGCCUGUUACAAUAAUACAUAAACCCAAGUGAGCAUCUUCAGAGCAUGCAGCAGGGGUGGCCGCGAUCAAUACCACAGGGCUUGCGCCCUUCGCGGCACCCCCUUCGCGCCGGCCGGUUGCUAAUCUUGUUUCGUCGUCUGCAUUUUCUCCUUACCGGUUGGAGAAAAACAUGCUCUGGCCACUUUUGUCUGCGAAAGAGUUGGACUAGAAGGACCCCGGCCAAAAAUCUGUUGAUCAAUACUGAAAAGAAAAUCAAGUGAAAAUGGCAGUGAAAAUUUCGCCUGCUGUCAUUUCAGUGCCAGUCUUUGACUUUUGGAAACCGGUUACCGCCGACCGCAGGAGUCCCGAAGAAACUGCACCGCCAGUCGCGUCCGGAUCAUGUUUACCUGCUGUCAACUCUGGUCUAAGAGUUAUGUGGAACGCAGUGACUCCACAGCCGUUGGACGCGGCUGCCCCUUCAUCCCGAACUAAGCACAGUGCUACCCUUCUCGGAGGCCACUUGUACCUUUUAGGAGGCAGAAAUGGCAACGUGGGUCUCAAAGACUUCUGGCGCUACAACAUCAGUGAGACGAAAUGGGAGCAGUUACGUCCUGGAGGUGAAACGCCUCCGUGUCUGCAAGAGCACACGGCCGUCGCCUACAAAGACUGCUUGUUUGUGUUCGGUGGCGAGGUGGGUUUCAGCUCGGCCACUGAGACACCCCUGUGGGUUUAUCAUGUGCGGUCAAAUUCGUGGCGAAAGGUCCGAACCCCGAAAGGAGUGCAGGUGCCUCGAGGACGCAGAGGUCACAGUGCCCUCAUUUACCAGGGCGCCAUGAUCAUCUACGGCGGAUACCAAGACUUGAGGGGCUCCACAAGUGAGCUGUGGGCCUUUGACUUUAACACAGAGUCGUGGCAUCUCUUAUCGGGCAGAGGUCGGGACGAGCCUCCUGCGCGCCACAAGCACUCGGCAGUGAUGCACGACGGCGCGAUGUGGGUCUACGGAGGAAUGACCGACCUACAAACGCGCUGUGACCUUUGGCGCUGGGACGCCCUUACAAAAAUCUGGACGAGCAUUCGCGCCAAGCAUGGGCCUGGUCCAUUGAAUGGCCACGCUGCAUGCAAGGUGGCGGCGUCGAUGCUUGUAUUUGGCGGUGAGCGCGGCGAUGGAAACGUGAGUGCCGACCUUUGGCGCUUCCAUUUCGCCACCGAGAGCUGGGAGCGAAUAACCCCCCUUGGCAUGAAGCCAUCAGCGCGUGCAGAGAGCGCCGUUCUGGUUGUAACGGAGGCGCCGACCUCCUCGCCAGUGGUGGCGCCGCGUCCCCGUUCCGUCGAACGUCGCGUGCAGCGCUCAACGUCAACGCUGGGCAACGAGGCGCCGUCCUCGCUCUUCAAUCGUCUUUCGACCGUGAACCUGACCGCCCGUCUUUCCCGCUGCAGCUACAGUGUACUGAGCAACGACAGUGCAGAGUCGGACGCCGAAUCGGCAACGUCUAUCUGCAAGUCGGCCAGCAUGCAUACUGGUGUUGCUGCGGUGCAACUACUGCAGCACCAACGCCGGCUCCCUCGAGAUAGAGUCUCUGUGCCAAAUUUUGCUUCAGCGCCUCUAACGCCAGUCGAAGCUGCAAGACUGGUCUUUGUGGACAGCAGUGAUGAUGAGGCUGAGACAGAACUUGACUCGACUCCAGAUUGCUUUACAACGCCUGAGACAGACGGUGUGCUUGACUUCCCAUCCCUCCACCAACGCUUUCAACCAACCAGGCGAAUCGCUAAGUCGGCUUCAGUCAGGUUUAACCUGGAAGAGCCUGACUCAGACUACGCCAGUGUGGCCAGCACAACGCCCCACGAUGGUCCCCUCAGCUUUAGCAAUCCAAACUAUCUAGGCCCUGAAAUUGGCCAACUGCUCAACAGUCCCCCGGACUCGCUCCUGCAGGACCCAACAGGCCGUUUUCACUCGCAGGAUCAAAUUGAGAUGAAGCAAUUAGCAUCUCCCACGCCGCGCCGAAAAGCGCCGCCAACCAGUCUGCCCUUAGGAAACGGCGAACGUCAACAUCGCCUUGCCCGAGCUCUCAGCGCCGGCCGAGCUGAACGUCGAAAAGAGCAGACACCGCCGCUCUUCAUGUACGUGGUUGGUGGCAAGGAAAAGGGUCAGGUGGUACUUUUUAAGCGAUCCAUUUCCAUGUGGCGCCUCUGUCUACACCCGAGCAUUUUCACUCGUCGAUAGGUGGUACAAAUAUUUUAAAAUCGCGCUGAUCUCUCCUCUCUUUUAGCAAUUAUCGCGUCUUUAUACCUUUCGUCCAUAUGCUGAGUGAGACACGAACUAUAUUUGUCUAACAAAGAAAACUCGUUACUUGAAAAGAAUAAUCCUUUUCAACCGAAUACACCAAAAGACGGAUAUUGCUGCAUGUUUUAUGUAAAAAUGGUUUAUUUGAAUACAUUCUGGAAAAAAGGGAGAACUGGUUUAAAAUUGCCAAAGUUAUUUGUGUCCUUAGUCAUGGAAACAUCUGUUGUGAUAAAAAUUGAUAUUUAUGCAUAAUGUAUGAAUCAACCUGCGUCCACUUUGUACGAAUUGUCUACCCUGCCACAAAAUACUUCAUCUCUGCAAGCAGUUUUUUUUUAAAGAUUUUUUAUCUGGAAUAAUAAACACAACACAUAAUAUGUAAAUAGGCGUGAAAAAUUUCACUCGAAGAAAUCAAACACGACUAAAUAGAAUUUUCCGUCCGGCUUUCUCAUUAAAACUGCGUCUGCGUGUUUUAACAAAAUAUUAUAGCGCUUUUUAAGAAUUAUAUUUGCAUAAAACCAUUUAGUAGAGCAACAGAGAUGAAAGUACUUUGAAUGCAAGCAAAGCAUCAUGAACCAGACAUUUUGUGAAUCCAUUGCAACAAAAUUAAUGUUCCAGUGUUCAUUUUAUUGGAUGUGCACCAAUUUGACACUGAUUGUGUUAGUCAGUCUGCCAGGCGAGAGAUAAACCUAUUGUUUAGGCAGACAAUAUUAUGGAUACAAUUUAGUUAUAGCUUUUGUUGCUUAUUAACUAUUGCCAAAAAUUCGGUUGUUAGUCCUCAUACGGAUAAUUUAGUUGACUUGUUUACUGUGGCUUAUUAAGUGAUGUUAAGAAAAAAAAUUGUGUUGAUGGUUAGAGCGUGGAUUCACGUGGAAAAAGGAAUCCAGAUCCGUUUUGGUUACUGUGAUACCUUCGUAGAGUGAGUAAUCAAGGAGUGAAGCUUCCUGUGUCUGCGUGUCACUUGUUAUUGACCAGUCCUAGUGUCCAAACGUGUUUGCCAAUAAAUUGAAUAAAAAUAUGAUGAAACGUAAUUCUCACAUACGCAAAAACUCCUUAAAGUAUGCCACAAUUGAAAUUCAAAAUUGCUUGGUCGUUAAUUAAUUGAUUUUAUUUAAACUAAAACAAGAAAUUGAGGCCCCAACUGCUGUGUCUCCAACGGCAGGAUCGUCACCUCAACUGCACAUUAAGGAUUUUUUACAUUGCCUGGCUCAUACAGCUCUAGUUUUGUGCUACACAAGCUCAAUCUUGUUUGAAAUUUUGCAGAGGCAAUACAGAAAAGGCUUUUGUAUUUAAGAAUAUUGCUUUAUAAGCGCAAUAUUAUGCUGGUUUAAUUAAUUUCCAUUUUUGA